AUGGCCAUGGGAGGCAUCGUCACCGGCCUCACCACCAACAGCGCACCUGCCGGCGUCGUCAUGACGCCUUCAAACUUGCCGCUGGACCUUAACGGCUCCAACUUUACGUACCCCUAUCCCAUCAACCUCUACUCCUUCACCUCUCAGUCCGCCGCCCUGGAGAUGGCCUUCCUUGACGUCCCUCCUCGUCGCCCUCGUCACGGCUACCCCCCGGUAGACCCUCCCGUCGCGCUUCUCUUGCACGGCAAGAACUUCUGCAGUGUGACCUGGCAAUCCACAAUUCAGACCCUCACCCGUACAGGCUACCGCGUCAUCGCCCCGGACCAGAUCGGCUUCUGCAAGUCCUCCAAGCCAGACGACUACCAGUUCUCGCUUGCCCAGCUGGCCCUCAACACGCGCAACCUGCUCGACGCCCUCGACAUCAAGAGCGUCACCCUCAUUGGCCACUCCCUCGGCGGCAUGCUGUCGACGCGCUUCACGCUGCUGUACCCAGACCGCGUUGACCGCCUCGUGCUCGUCAACGCCAUCGGUCUCGAGAACUACAUCGCCGCGGGCGUCCCGUAUCCGUCCAUCGAUGCGAACCUCCAGCAGGAGCGGGCCCAGGACUACGGUGCCAUUCGCGCGUACGAGCAGGCCGUCUAUUACCUGGGUAAGUGGAAGCCCGCGUACGAUGUGUGGGCGCGCAUGCUGGCGGAUAUCUACGCCGGCAGCCGGCGCGAGGCCUUUGUACGAGCCCAGGCGCGCGUCGUCGACAUGGUGUUCACGCAGCCGAUCGCUGGGGAGUUUGAGAGCAUCGAAGCCAGGACGCUCGUCGUGGUUGGAGAGAAGGACACCACCGCGGUGGGGAAGCCUUCGGCGCCCAAAGAGGUGCAGGCGCGACUUGGGCGGUUUGAUGUGCUAGGGCGAGAAGUGGCGGGGAGGAUCCCGAGGGGGGAGUUUGUCGGAUUCAAGGAGCUAGGGCACUCGCCGCAGGUGGAAGAUCCGCAGAGAUUCAACAAGGCUCUGCUGAAGUGGCUGGCCAAAGCCUGA